GGCCGACGAGGCAGCCGUGGGCCUCGUGGCCGAGGCACGCGUUGUGGCAGGCGUGCGAGAAGUUGACGACAUGAUGGUCGAGGCCGGGCGACGAGGGGCACCGGUGACGCCGCUCUUUGCUGCAGAGCUCGAAGUGCUGGCGACGGAGGAGCUCUUCUUAUGAGCGGGGGCUGCCGGUCUGGAGGGGUUCGAGUCAGCCGGAGCGGUCGACGUGGUCUCUUGAUGCUCCGAGUCUGGCAUUUUGUGGGUUCGGUGAAGAUGCGGUCAAGGGAAGUAACAAGGACUCGGGACCAGACAACGACACACAACGGCGGGGCACGACGAGGAAAAGAGAAGGCAGAAGAAAAGGGAGCAGGAAAAAAGGAGAAGGGAAAAAACACGACUCGCAGGCGGGGACUUGUCGGGACUGGCAGCUGGAGUCGUUGAGAAAAAGAUGGAUUGUUCCUUCGGCAGGCGCGAUGUGGUGUUCGCGGAGCACGGGGCAACACCCUCAGGGGCCCCCAGACCGCCCGUCGCCCCGCGCUGCACUGCCAAAGCUUCGCGAAAAAAAGCCGUGCCAGUGCGUGUGUCGACUGACAGCUCGCGACUCUCCUUCGCCGCUGGCAAUUGAUCGACAGCCCGGUGAGGCAGUGAAGCUUCCAGGCACAAUGGUGGAUGGGAUGCCUCUCCCCGCUGCCGUUGCCGUUGCCGCCCCUGACCGCCUCCGCGCGCCACGCCCCUCCCGUCCCUACGCCGGCAGCCCUUCCCUGUCGGCCUGUCCCAAGUCCUGCUGCAACACCACCCCUCUCCCCAGCCGUGCCAUGUUGAUCCGACCGACUCUCUCCCUCUCGCCUACCAUGAGCCGAGCCGCCGCGCGGGCUACUCUGAUGACAAACUUUCACCGGACUCGCGGGCUGCUCGCAUCACAUCACAUACGUCACUCACUCACUCACACACCGUGCACCACGCCAGAGCGACGAACCCAACCGUGACCAUGAACCAUUUUCCCUUAUCCCACCCUCCCCCUCCCCCCACAGGCCCUCG